CAGGUCAAGGUUCUGCAGGAGACAGCAGGACCAGGUCCUCUGAAAGGCAGGAGUUGGAUCUGGUGUCGAGUGAGGCAGGUGAUGUGGAUGUCUCUGGGAUGUGGCCAAUUCAUUAAUAAAGAUAUUGAUUAGUCGGACAAAAAGCAUCCAUAUCUCACUCCAUGCUACUGAGAGAAACAUGUUAUCCUUACCUGCGCUCUUGAUGUUUGUGUACGUUUAAUUAUGUCAUUAUGUAACUUUGUAAGAUAAAACAAACUCUCUCUCUCUCUGUGAACGUGCACGCAGGAAGUUCCUAUCAUGUUGAGAGCGCGAGAUAUGACGUAAGUUGCUUGCCGCGCAGUGAUGAUGGCGGUGCGUGAACGCGCAGUAAAAGUAAUGGCUGCUCUAGAUCGGCGGGUGCCUAGCCUCGAUGAUUUCGUGGGUCAAAGCUGGACUGCCUGGGCCGAGUGGGCCGGUGUGACAGCGGCAGAGGGCACUGAUGUAGGUGACUGCAGCAAGAAUGGCAAAAAAGCUGCAGAGGCCAUGUCACUCAGUAAGGAGGACAUGUCCAUCUUCGGCCUAUACCCCGGCCGUGAUGACUUCUACCUGGUGGUGUGCAGCCAUUGUGGCCAAGUAGUGAAGCCGCAGGCGUUCGAGAAGCACUGUGAGCGACGACACGGCCCCCUGGCCAAGCUGUAUGCCCGGCUGCGCUCCCCCACCCCUGCUCCCCCACCCCAGCAGAGGCCCCACCACGGCCAUUCUCCUUCUCAUGGGACCAACGCUGCUUCCGCUUCAUCCUGGGAGAGUUGUGGCCAGGGGGCCGGGCAGCCAAAGCCAGCCCCCCCCUCACCUUCCACUCCACCACAACACAGACACUCCAAGAACCCCAAGGAUGGCGUACG